AUGUCGGCCAAGCCUCGUAUCGGCAUUAUCGGCGCGGGUCUAUCAGGCUUACGCUGUGCCGAUAUCCUCAUCCAGAGCGGCGCCCAGGUGACUAUUCUGGAAGCUCGGGGUCGGAUUGGUGGUCGAGUUCAUCAAGAAGAGGUGGGUGGUCAUCUCGUGGAUCUGGGCUCCAACUGGAUUCACGGUACCGGGUCGAAUCCAAUCACGGCCAUCGCGGCCGCAACAAAGACAGUGGCAUGCGAUCCAGAGGGUCGAAAUCUCAUGAUCACACGGGACGGACAAGUUCUAGACGAGUCCUCGACCACAAAAGCUUCGGAUUUCACGUGGUCAACUAUAGCGAGAGCCUUUGAAUACAGCAACCAGCAGCGCGAGACGAUCUCUCCCGAGCGCAGUCUCUAUGAUUUCUUCCAGGACCAGCUAGAGCAGACCACUUAUUCUCCCGAGGAGAAAGAGAUUUGUCUCGACGCUUGCAAGCUUUGGGGUGGUUAUGUGGGUGAUCCGAUUGGACGUCAGAGUCUGAAGUUCUUUUGUCUGGAAGAAUGCAUCGAUGGCAGCAAUGACUUUGUCGCCUCGACAUAUAAGCGGAUAUUGGAAUUUGUGUCACAGACCGCGCUUGCCAAGGCGGAUAUCAAGUUCAAUCAGCCAGUCGUGGGUAUCGAGACGCCGAUUCGCAACGAGACGUCGAUUCUUCAGCAGCAAAUCAGUGUAUUUACCGCAUCUGGUGAUCAGUACACUUUCGAUGAGCUGAUAGUCACAUGCCCACUGGGCUGGCUGAAACAGAAUACGGCAGCGUUCAGUCCUCCCCUGCCAAGUCGAUUGCUCUCGGCGAUUCAGAGUAUUUCUUACGGCCGACUGGAGAAAGUCUACGUCACUUUCCCCCGGGCAUUUUGGCAUCGUGAAUCCGGCCAAGAUGCCGAGAACCGCAAAGCCGAUCGUCCGACGCCCGGGGCAGUUUCCGCCAUGAACCCAGUGUUUACCCAAUUUCUCGAACCCGCAUACGCCGACCACCCCGAAGGCAUGGAAUGGAAUCAAGAGUGCCUUUCUCUGGCCGCGCUUCCCGCGCCUUGCAACCAUCCCACCCUGCUAUUCUACACCUACGGUCCAUGCUCUACAUAUAUCGUUGACCAAAUCUCCUCUCUCGACCCCCAGUCUCCCGAGUAUCGAGAAACAUUGAUCAAGUUCUUCCAACCCUUCUAUUCCAAAUUCCCCGGUUACGAUCCCUCUUCAUCAGACUGCGUUCCUACUGGCAUACUGGCCACUCAAUGGCAGAAAGAUCCCUAUUCAGGCAACGGGUCCUACUGCAACUUUCAAGUCGGACUCACCCAGGCCGACAAGGAUAUCGAGAUCCUCCGUUCCGGUGCAGGCGCAGGAUUCGAGCGAGGCUUGUGGUUUGCGGGCGAGCAUACAGCGCCGUUUGUUGCUUUGGGGACGACGACUGGAGCUUACUGGAGCGGCGAGCGAGCGGCGAUGCAGGUUUGUGAGAAGCUUGGAUUGAGGCACGUUGGGGUGACUCCGGGGUCUUUGCGGGAUGAUUCUCUGCCUUCUGCCACACCUGCCAAGUGA